ACUGUGAGGCCUUGCGAGCUUCGGAAGACGCGCCUGGCGGUUCGUAGGCUUGGGAGCUCCCGGCGCCCCGCAUUUCUGCGACUUUGGGCGCGUCCUGGUCAAGCCCCGUCCUGGGAGCCUCCUCCUUAAGCACCCCCACUUGGUCCCAGCCGGUCCUCCUGGGAACCUCCACCCCGCCUCCGCCCCGGGUCCUCUGGCCCCUCCCCCACCUCGGCCUCCGUCCCGGUCCCGGCCCGUGCUCCUCGGAGCCUGCACCCCGCCUCCGCCCCGGGCCCCUCCGGCCCCUCCCCCUCCCGGCCCGUGCUCCUCGGCGCCCGCACCCCGCCUCCGCCCACCGCAGGAUGGGCGACAGCACCAGCCCCAUCAGCGUGAUUCUGGUGAGCUCGGGCAGCAGGGGCAAUAAACUGCUGUUCAGGUAUCCCUUCCAGAGAAGCCAGGAGCACCCGGCGUCCCAGACAAAUAAGCCCCGUAGCAGAUAUGCCGUCAACAGCACUGGAGACCAUGCUGACGACCAGGAUGGUGAUUCCAGCGAGCCCUGUUCUCCAAGCGGUGAGCGAUUGGUUGCAGGAGCAUGCCGAGAAAUGACAGCAUGUGCCUUCAGCCUAUGCUUCUCAUGCCUCUUACCUUGUAAUUCUGGUGAUUUUAUGUCCCUGAUCUUGGGGAUUGCUUCAGAAGGGAAACUGACAGAAAUCUCCAGGUUUUCAGAUGUUAUUCUGGCAACAAUUUUGGCAACCAAGUCUGAAAUGUGUGGCCAAAAAUUUGAACUGAAGAUUGAUAACGUGCGGUUUGUUGGGCACCCGACACUGCUACAGCAUGCCCUGGGGCAGGGCUCAAAAACAGACCCAUCUCCGAAGAGGGAAGCUCCCACCAUGAUUCUUUUUAAUGUGGUGUUUGCACUGAGGGCCAACGCGGACCCAUCGGUGAUAAACUGUCUGCACAGCCUUUCCCGACGCAUCGCCACCGUGCUGCAGCACGAGGAGCGCCGCUGCCAGUACCUGACCCGGGAGGCCAAGCUCAUCCUGGCGCUGCAGGAUGAGGUGCCCGCCGUGGCCGAUGCAAAUGAUAGUCCUCAGUCUCCGUUCCACCACAUUCUGCCCAAGUGCAAGCUGGCCAGGGACCUCAAGGAAGCCUAUGACAGCCUGUGCACAUCGGGCGUGGUGCGGCUCCACAUCAACAGCUGGCUGGAGGUGGGCUUCUGCCUGCCACAUAAGAUCCACUGCGCUGCCGCCAGCCUCCUCCCACCCGAGGCCAUCGAGCGGAGCCUGAAGGCCAUCCGUCCCUACCAUGCCCUGCUGCUGCUCAGUGAUGAGAAGUCGCUGCUGGCCGAGCUCCCGCUCGACUGCUCCCCGGCCCUGGUGCGUGUGAUCAAGACCACGUCCGCCGUGAAGAAUCUGCAGCAGCUGGCCCAGGAUGCAGACCUGGCCUUGCUUCAGGUUUUCCAGCUCGCGGCUCACCUGGUGUACUGGGGCAAGGCCAUCAUCAUCUACCCGCUGUGUGAGAACAACGUCUACAUGCUUUCUCCCAACGCCAGCGUGUGUCUGUUCUCUCCGCUGGCCGAGCAGUUCACCCGACAGUUUCCAGCUCACGACCUGCCGUCUGUCCUUGCUAAGUUCUCCUUGCCCGUCUCCCUGUCAGAAUUCAGGAACCCCCUCGCCCCCCCGGUGCAGGAGACCCAGCUCAUUCAGAUGGUGGUGUGGAUGCUACAGCACAGGCUCCUGGUGCAGCUGCACACGUACGUGUGCCUGAUGGCCUCGCCCAGUGAGGACGAGCCCCACCCCCGCGAGGACGAUGUCCCCUUCACCGCCAGGGUCAGCGGCCGCAGCCUCAGCACACCCAACGCCCUCAGCUUUGGUUCCCCAACCAGCAGUGACGACAUGACCCUCACCAGCCCCAGCAUGGACAACUCCAGUGCGGAGCUCCUCCCCAGUGGGGACUCCCCGCUGAACAAGAGGAUGACAGAGAACCUGCUGGCCAGCCUGUCGGAGCACGAGCGGGCGGCCAUCCUCAGCGUGCCUGCAGCCCAGAACCCCGAGGACCUGCGCAUGUUUGCCAGGCUCCUGCACUACUUCCGGGGCCGCCACCACCUGGAGGAGAUCAUGUACAACGAGAACACGCGGCGCUCCCAGCUGCUCAUGCUCUUUGACAAGUUCCGCAGCGUGCUGGUGGUGACCACCCAUGAGGACCCAGUCAUCGCCGUGUUCCAGGCACUGCUCCCGUGAGGAGGCCAGAGAAAGGAGGCAGCGAGAGGCUGCCGCCAGCGGCGGGGGUGCUGGGCUCCCCCUGGCCCUGGGCUUCCCACCCCAACACCGGGCUGAGCCCUCUCGUCCCUGAGGCCUGACUUCAGUCCAGCAGCAGCCUUGGGCCCCCUGUCCACCGGGUUCUCUCUCGUCUGGUCCUCGAGGCAGCCUGGAUGUCUGAGCCGAGACGGCGAGGCCUGCAGCCGGAGGGUGUCGGGGACGCAGGAUCGCGCCUCAGAGGCAGGCCUGCAGUUUCCCCGCACCCAGACUUGGGCCAAGCGUUUCUCUCAGACCCUCCUCCCGACCCUGUCCUCAUUCUCUGACCCCAUCCAUCGCUGCCUCCCCACGGCCACGCUGGGGGAUACACGGAAAUAUGACCCGCCCCCCCCCCCGAGGGCCAGGAGCACCUGAGUGCCACGCCCUCACCACAGCCCUUUGUUAGCUGCCAGGAGGCUCAUGACCAGGCUGUCACUCCCUCUUUGACGCCUGAUACACCAGGGACUGGGCUGAUGCCCAUCCCUGGGGGGAAUCUGCACUGGUACAUGCUACCCCCCUCGCACAGGCCCGAGGAGCAAUGCGCCCCAGCCUCCUGCGCACAAACAGCCCCCAGCGCCCUGUCCUGGAGGAAGAGUGGCGGCAGGCGUGUGCCGGCUGCUGCAGGGAGCUCUGGCAGAGGUGCAAGCAAUACUGUUUUCUAGACGUAAAGCAUUUAUUUGGUUUUUAAACAAUUAAAAAGCCUUGUCCGAGCAGG